AUGCAUUGUCAAAUUCUAAUCCUGUUAUUCCAAGUUUUCAAGACAACUAACUGUUUAGUUAUCCCACAAAUUACGGGUGAAUUACCGAAUUGCUAUUUCGAUCCCAUCCAGUUAGAAAUACAAUCCCACUGUCAGUUAGCCGAUCCUAAAUUCCAUGAACCAGGUCAAGUGGAUCUUCUAAUUGGCGCAGAUACAUUUUGGGAUUUACUGGAUAAUGAAAAGAUAUCUCUCGGGUCACACAAGCCUAUUCUACAUAACAGUAGAUUAGGAUGGUUCAUUUCUGGUCCGUUAGGUAUUUCCACCCCAAAUCAUUCUUUCUGUCAUCUCUCCACUUUAGAUGUUCAAAAACAGUUAGCGAAGUUUUGGGAAAUAGAAGAGUUGUCAUGUGAGCCGAUCCUGUCGGAUGAGAAAUUUCAAGCCGAAGGACACUUCUCUGAUAAUUUUAAGCGCGGUUCAAAUGGUAGAUUCACUGUAGCCAUUCCACUUAAGAAAUCAUCAGAAGUUUUAGGGGAUUCCAAGUUACAGGCAACAAACCAAUUCUUGCAACUGGAACGCAAACUUUCGAAAAAUCCCAAAUUAAAGGCCAUGUACACAGAUUUUAUGACCGAAUACCACGAUCUAGGUCUCAUGUCAAUUUUUUCUUCAUCCAAUUUCAAACCUACAUACUAUUCACCACACCAUGGCGUUCUAAAGGAGGAUAGCUCUACUACGAAACUUAGAGUAGUCUUUAACAGCUCAGUUCCCUCUUCAUCAGGUGUAUCCUACAAUUCUAUCCAGAUGGUUGAGCCUGUGGUACAAGAGGAUCUGGUUUCCAUCAUGCUAAGAUUUCGGCAAGACCAGUAUAUCAUUUCUGCAGACAUCUGUAAAAUGUACCGACAAAUAUUAGUCCAAGAGGAGUUUCAUCCUUUGCAGCUUAUUCUAUGGAGAGCAGAUCCCAUGUAUGAACUUCAAACUUUUUCUCUUAAUACUGUGACUUAUGGCACGGCAAGUGCUCCUUUUCUAGCCACACGCUGCUUAAAACAGUUAGCUAUCGAAUACGAAUCAUUGAAUCAUCAUGCAUCUCGAGUCAUCAGUAAGGAUUUCUACGUCGAUGAUCUGCUAUCUGGAGCUGACAGUUUCGAAGAGGCAGUACGUUUAUGUCAGGAGGUUUCAUCAAUCUUAAAAUUAUGA